GUGUUUAAUUUUACACAUUUAUUAAAUCAGUCUCUGUACAGUCCACAUAUAAAUGUAAAAUAUGAUUAAAGAUGAGAUAACAGCGUGUUUUUGUGCGGUGUUAUGUAAGAGACGUGGUGAGAGGGGAGGUUGGGUAACUCUCGCUGUUCUCUGCACUCUGAGCGGUUAGCAUUGCUAACACAAAGUCCGGCCGUUGGUUGUUAACCAACCGGUUUAACUAAAUCGACCACAAUCUGCACUGGCAAUCACAAACUCGGACAGCUCAUUACAGCUUUAGAGUUCUGUUUUAAACAAUGUAUUUUUCAACAGCCACGAUGAGAUUACUCGCUCUUUCUCGUUGCUCCUGGAUACUUUCAAGAUGUCCCAAUACUCCAAAAAGUGUAUUAUCGCCGAUCAGAGUAUCCGAACUACAUAAAUACAGCAUUCAGAAGAGAAACAUCACCUCCUGUAACGUCGUGCAACCUCUCAGAUCAGAAAACAAGGUGACUGUUAAUUUCAUCAAUCGAGAUGGAGAAAAGAUCACAGUGAAGGCUUCUCCCGGAGAUAGUCUGUUAGACGUGGUUGUCGACCAAGAGCUUGACAUUGAUGGGUUUGGAGCAUGUGAGGGGACGUUAGCUUGUUCUACUUGUCAUGUCAUAUUCGAAGAGGACACAUAUAAACAGCUCGGAGCCAUCAGUGACGAGGAGAUGGACAUGCUGGAUCUGGCUUAUGGUCUUACAGAUACAUCCCGUCUGGGCUGCCAGAUCUGCCUGACAAAAUCCCUUGAUGGCAUGACGGUCCGCGUGCCCGAGAGCAUGGUGGACAUCAGACAGUCGGAUGGCUCUGCCUAGACCCUCAGUUUACCUCAGCCUUUAAUUAGCCUUAACAAAUGUAAACAGUUCAUGACGGAUUUAGAACUUGCAUAUGUAUAGUGAUUAACGUUAGAGAAAUGUGCAGGAUGGUUUGGUGUGAGGUGGGUUACAUCUUGUGCUGCUGAGCGUCUUGGUUUUGUUCGGUACUUCUAUGACCGCAGUGUUUGGAAAACUAGUGCAGUGGGUCAUUAGGAGGGCUGCAGGCAGGUCGUGAUGGAUGAUGGGAAUUUGAAGUCUCUCUCGGACUAUUUUUGGAUCAUAAAGUAUAUAUAUAAAAUGUUUUAUAUAUUGUUGGGGUGACAUGUUCUGCCACAUUGAAUCCUCUAUUAAUAUUAUAUCGAACAUAAUAGAAGAGAGGUGUUGUAAUACUGUGCACAAGAAAUGCCUCAUUAAUGUAAUUAGUGAACCACUAAUUAAGUAAAAAAUGUUAUAAAUAAAUGUUAAAUAAUUUAGUUGUUUUUUUAAUCUAUGUGAUCAUAACUGUACUAGUUAUACUGUACUGUUAUAAUAUUCUGUAGUAGCAGGAGAGUAAAAAAAGACAAACCAUUUCACUCUGCUCUUUAUUGCAUGGAUGACCAACUGCUUUUAGGCUGAGUUGAUUCUAGUCCUAUACAUUUGACCAACAGUUGACCAUGUCAGAAAUUUGAUUUUACACACCUUUAAAAGUGUUGCCCCUUAAUAAAGAAGGAAAAAACAA